AUGAAGCUAAUAAUAGAAAGGCCCUCCAAUAUUCUCCUGCUCUUGACUUUUCUGUUAGUGCAGUCAUGCAUGUUUCAGUACUUGGCCCAAUCUUCCACCACCAGCUUUACCGAUCAAGCAGCUCUCAUUGCCUUCAAAUCUAAACUCACUUCCGGUCCAAACCAAACUGUCUUGGCAGCUAAUUGGUCCACAGCUACAAACUUCUGCAAUUGGAUUGGGGUCUCAUGUAGCCGACGCAGACAAAGAGUCACAGCUUUGAACCUUCGCCUCAUGGGUCUUCAGGGCACCAUUUCUCCACAUAUUGGUAACCUCUCUUUCCUGGUUUAUCUUAAUCUAUGCUGCAAUACCUUCUUUGGUUCUCUACCCCAUGAGAUCGGUCGCCUACAUCGUUUAAAAAGACUCGUGUUGUCAUCCAACCAAUUGAACGGUAGUAUUCCCCCAACUUUGCAAAAUUGUCGGAAUCUUCAAGUAAUACACCUUUGGAAUAACCAUCUCACGGGCGCAAUUCCAUCAACCCUUGGCAAUUUGUCAUCGUUAGAGGUCUUGGAGGUGGAAGACAAUAGCCUCACAGGUCCAUUUCCUCUUGUCAUCUUUAACAUGUCCUCCCUGACCACAAUUGCUCUUACAAAUAAUCACAUCUCAGGAACUCUUCCAAUGGAUCUGUGCAGCCAUUUUCCUGAACUCCAAGAGCUUUAUCUUUCCUCCAAUGAAUUCAGCGGUCAGCUCCCUCCACAAAUGAACUACUGUAGAGAGCUUGUAGUCUUAUCCCUAAUAGACAAUAAAUUUUAUGGGAGUAUUCCAGAAAGUUUUGGAAGUAUAGAUAAGCUUGAAUUGCUAUAUCUUGGAGUUAACAACUUAACUGGUAAUAUACCUCCUACCAUAAGUAACUUGUCGAGGUUAUCUGAAUUUGGCAUUGAGACUAACAACAUUAAAGGAAGCAUUCCGAGUGAUAUAUGGCGUCUUUCCAAUCUGGAACUAUUGUUUUUACCAGAUAAUUAUAUCACAGGGACAAUCCCCCAAAGCCUUUUCAACAUGUCCUCUCUACAAAGAAUCUCCUUGGUUAGUAAUUCCCUAUAUGGCAAUCUUCCAUCAAAUUCUGAAUUUUCCUGCCCCAGUCUUGGACGUCUCGCUCUUGGUCUCAACAAAUUUAGUGGUCUCAUCCCAUCGAGAACCAGGAGAUCAAGAGCUUAA